AUGGAGAACUUGGCAAGUCGAGGGGCAAAGCGAAAGCACGUCAAAAGAAACACAGGCUGCGACACUUGUCGCAAUCGUAGGGUGCGCUGCGACGAAACCCGACCGAGAUGCCAAAAUUGCGUCAAGUACGGUCGCAAUCAUGACACCCAGUGUACAUAUCCGACGUCACCAGACUUCUCCAAGCCAGCACAGCAGGCCAACUCUUCAGUGGUUCCCCUGGGUGGAUCCUGGACCAUACCGAGCCCUUUGACCUCUGUGAAUGACGGCGCUCUCAGCAUAUCACGUCGAGAACAUUUUCUGAUGCACCACCUUCUGAGCGCCAGCCACGAAUUGGAGCACUCACAAGAUCCCAAUCUAGGUAUCAGGCUCUGCAUCAGGGCCAUAGGUCACGCCAAAGAGGCACCGUUCUUACACGACUGUCUUUGCGGUAUGGCCGUUCAACAUCUGUAUGAGUACACAAAAUCAAACCAGCUGUUAUGUGAGCGGUAUCAUUACCGCGACAAGGUGCUGGUUGGGCUACGUCAACAUCUUGCGCCUGGGAAUGCGAUCAACUAUGGUGCUGUGCUCAGUGCUUGUGCGAUGCUUUCGUGGGAUGCUCAUGAUUCGGAUGAGUUCUUUCGGUGCAUGCAGGGUAUCUUCUUAGUAUUGGAUUCUGAGGAUGCGAAUGCUGAUCAAUCCGACCUGGUCCAACUUUUCCUCCCAGUAGCAGGUCAUCAACAGAUCACGAAGUGGCGUGAGAAGCAGUCUGAACUACUGGAGAGCGCCAUGCAAUCACUCAACAAUCUCACAAAGCUUGUCAAAGAGGAACCCAUGAUGCUCGGUCCAGCACGAGAGCUCCGGAACUACCUCCAGAACCUACUUCCUCUGCAGACCGCUUUGCUAGCAGAGCCCGCCCAACUGAAAGCGCUAUUUCCUGUGCGCUCCUGGUUACCAUGGAUUCCGACUCUGCCCGAGCAGAUCAACGACCCUCAACACAAGCGGUUCUUCACUCCGUUCUUGGCAAGUUGUGCGAUGGUGAAAAUGGCUCAUGCUUUGGUCUUCCCGGGAACACGACACGCCAUAGGGCUGCACCAGAGAGCAAUGGCUAUUCAGGCUGCGUCAAUCGAGAUGGGAUCUGGAUUCGUAGCUGGCAAUGUGCAUACCUCGAGCGUCAUGCGAGGUCCACUGUUGAUGGCCCAGAGUUAUCUUUCGUCGUCACCAGGGUACGACCCGCACUCCUCGUUCGAGCACGGCGUUAUACACACGACACGACGGUCAAUGUCUUCUCGGGCGUCGCAAGGCCAGACCUUGCAUGAUUCGUCAUCUCAAUAG